AGUGCCUACUGUUUUGUGAUCCAGUAAAACAUCAUUCGGUGGUUCCGCAGCGGAGAAAGAAAUAAGUAUGCCGUUGUUCAAGGCGCGUGUCACGCAGAGAUCGCCGACCUUGGAUAAGAUUUUGAACGGUGGCACGAAUCAUGGGAACAACCAUUGUCACCAGAAUGGAAACGAAACGGACCAAGAGGCCACGGAUACCAAUAACGGAGCUCGCGGCCAGAAGAACAGUAAUCCUCAGACGCAAGAGCAACAGCAACGGCGGUCAUCGAAAGUCUCGAGGCCGCCGAUGGUGUUUCACUGUCAACUGGCGCACGGUAGUCCCACGGGACUGAUAUCGGGCUUCCGGAAUGUCCGAGAACUUUAUCAGAAGAUAGCAGAACGCUACGAUAUGUCGGUGGAAGAAAUACUCUUCUGCACGUUGAACACGCACAAGAUAGAGAUGACCGAAUUAUUAGGCAGUCAGAUAGGGGUAGGUGACUUUAUAUUCGCUCACAAGAAAGGACGGCCCAAGGAAAUCGAACUAGUGAAAUCAGACGAUGCUUUAGGAUUAACGAUAACCGAUAACGGCGCUGGGUACGCCUUUAUUAAACGUAUCAAGGAAGGGUCCAUAAUCGACCGGAUCAAGGUGAUCGAGGUCGGGGAUCAUAUAGAGAAAAUCGAUUCGAACAGCUUGAUCGGGAAACGGCAUUUCGAGGUGGCAAGAAUGCUGAAGGAGAUUCCAAAAGGUUCGACGUUUACGCUGAGGUUGGUCGAGCCGUUGAAGAACGGAUUUGGCAGCAUUGGUCCACGCGGAGAUCUGAAAAAGGGAAAGAAAUCGGGCUACGGUUCUGGUAAAGAGACGCUUAGAUUCAAAGCUGACGGAAGUGCGCAAAUUAUCGAAACGAUAGACGAUGCUGCAACGAUAGGUAUUGAAAAGAUCAACGUAAUUCUGGAGAGCUUCAUGGGUAUCUAUGACACAGAAUUAGCUACACAAAUCUGGGAACUCUCGGAAUGCAAAAGCAACAGCAUUGAAUUUGCAGAGGCAAUAGACAAUUCAGACCUGGAAGCUUUUGGCUUCACAGAUGACUUUGUCAUUGAAUUAUGGGGUGCUGUUACUGAUGCAAGAGCUGGACGACAUCGAUGAUAACAACUUAAAUUAAGACAAAUUAAAACUCUUGAAGCCAUGAUUUUUGCUCAUUAGAGUACAGCAAACGCUGUUAUCAGAAGUUUGAAGUUUAAAUCAUGCAGAAUAUUUAAACUCAUUCAGGCAAUGGCUUGUAUUAGCGAGGAACACUCUACAAAAUGUUUGUAAAUUAUUUUCUUAUUAAUGUGUAGACCAAGGACAACUUAUAAUAUAAGUUUAUAUAC